AUGAAAUAUCCGCUCACAAUCAUUUCACUAAUUUCAAAUAUUGAAUUAUCAGUCAUAAGGGAGUCUUCGAAAGAAAAGUUGUUAGAUCAAAACACUCCAAAUUCUCCGAAUAAAGGAUGUUCUUUACUACCGAAUCAAAGAUAUCUGAGUGUGUUACCGGGUAUCGGAUGGGAUAAUUUAGUUAACCGUGAAAGAGGUCCUGUAAUUGAUGUUGAACAAUAUACAAACUGUCGAACUUCUGCGGAUGGGAAUUUUCUCAUUCCAGAUGAUGUAAUAGUCCAACCACUGAAAAAUUCCGAAGUGAAGUUAACCUCCGAAGUAUAUGAGUCAAUAAGUCAGUGUCGUUCCUUGACAGCCUAUUCAAUUAAUUCAGCCCUGGAAGGUGGUUAUUCAUUUUUCCGUAUUAACGGAGACUUCUCAUUUGAUAAAGAAACAUUACGUGAAAAACUGAGUCAAAAAUUAGGUCUUAUUGUUCAAAGUGAAAUGCGUCAUAAUCGUUACUUUGUCCAACAAAUACCAGAUCCCAAGUUACAUUCACGUUUCAAAAAUCGUCUGUUAGACAUAGCUGCAUAUCUAGAACGUGGAAAUGUUACUAUGGAAGCGAUUGAAUUAUUUAAUAAUGGUCAAAUUGGAAAUAAUUUUAGAGAUUCUGCGGGUACACUGACGAAUGAUAAUUUUAAAUCUUUAAGCGAGGGUAUGAAUGCAUUUUAUUUAGCUGAUUUAGUUGUCCGAGAUUUUGGCACUCACUGCAUCAAUUCAAUUCAUGCUGGUGCAGUCUUAGCGAAAAUUGAUACAUUAGACACAAGUUCAUUCAAUAUCAAGAAAGAAGACAGAUGGAAAUUAGGCGCAUCAGCUUCAACAAGCUUUGCAAAUCUAUUCAACUUCAAACUAGAAGGAUCAACAAAAAGUAACACCUCUAUAGCAGAAAAUUAUGAAAGUAAAAUAACCUACAGUGAAAUCUUAACUUAUGGUGGUCCAAUCAUACAUAUGUCAAGCGUUAAUUUGUCCUACUGGGAAGCUGAUCUAGAUAAUCAGUUGGUUGCUAUCGACAGAAGUGGACAACCAAUUUAUGAAAUUAUUACGGAUAGAUCACUGCCUGAAUUACCUGGAAAUAUGAUAUUACGUCUAACUGCUACACUGAAAUCAGCCGUUGAAAGAUACUAUAAAGCUAAUACAAUAGUUGGUUGUAUGAAUCCCUUGUCCGCAUUUUAUGACAAUGAAGCCAAUGUAGCCUCUACGGAAUGUGAUAUACAAAAUGCCAACAAGUUGAAUUCAACCUUAUAUCUCGGAGGUGUAUUUCAAAAGUGUGUUGGUCCAGACGAUUUGUGCAUUAGUGAAAUCAUAGCGAAUCCACUUACAGGUGACUUAACCUGUCCUCAUGGAUAUAUACCUAUACAACUGUUGCCACAACAGGUUCGAAGGUGUUAUAGUAUAUGUAAUGAAAAAACAUGGUUUAAAACACCUGAAUGUACAACAAAUUGUGCUAUUACAGAAUCUUUCUGGUGUUCACGUGAUCCAUCAUCUGACCUGUUAGAUAUCAAUGAUAGCGGUUACUUAUUCGGUGGUUUAUACACAGAUAAAGAAGUGAACAGUCUAACGAAACAGUUUAACUGUCCACAACAUUAUUGGCCAAUAGCACUUGGUAGACGUAUGAGAAUCUGCUUAUCAAGUGAUCGUGAACUAGCUGGAAAGUAUUCAUUACCAUUUGGUGGGUUCUAUAGUUGUUAUUCUGGAAAUCCUUUAAUAUCUUUAAUCAGUAGCAGUAAUCAAACAGGCGUGAAUGAUAAUUUGGCGAGAACUGCAUUGAUGUCAGAUUGGUUAAGAGAUCAGCCGCAAGGACGAUCUUCACUCACAAGAAAUCCACAACAACAAAGUCAAAUAGGUUUGGCAACUCCACCAACAUCACAAGGAGAAGAAGAUAUUAGUCCUUUCAGUGGAUUAUUCUUACAAAAUGAGAAUUCACAACUAUUUGCAGCAUUGUGGCCGAAAAGGUGUCCGACUGGAUAUACAGCGCAUUUAGCUUCAAUGGAAGAUAUAUGUCAAGUCAAUUACUGUGUUCAAGCAAACGUCCUACAGGAACAGCGAAAACGUCAACUGAAAAGACCACCAUUCGUACUACCCUUCUCACUUGAUCCACAUUUAUUUAAAUUAAGUGAUUCAAACAAUUUCAUUGGUACAAGUUCAGAUACAGUACACGAUGUUAAUGGUAAUAUGAUAAAAAAAGUAAACGGCCGUUGGGAAGAGCCUGAUCAAUACAACGACAAUAGUUAUAAUUACAACAAUAAUGGUAAUUCGAAACGUAAUCAAUACGCAUUUGCUAUAACACUAAGUACACUACUACCAAUUAAUGUUAUUUUAAUUAUUAUUAUAUCUGUAAUUUUGUUCUAUUAUACACGUCAAAAGACAAGGUUAGCAGCACAGUGA